AAUUUAACUGUAGAGUAAACAAUCAACCUAAGCGCAAGUGAAGUUUUUCGCUAAUUUACCAAUGGGUGUCAUCAACGCUGAAACGACAGACAACUAAAACGAAUGGCAAUCAACCUUCCUGUGCACGACAUGCUAAUGAAUUGAACUAAAAUUGUUCGUCAGUGGUGUUUGUCGUCUGGCGAUGGCAAUGAAAUCAGUAAUCAUUUCAGUUUAAUUGAUAGAGGCAAAAUACAAGAAACCUGUUUCCAAGACUUGCACAAUCCUUGAGAUUUUCGCAACGUGAUACCACUGGCCAUGAAAAUACUAGGGCUUUAUUCACUGCUGCUGACGCAUUGGAGUAUGUGCGAAACAGCGGAAACUUUUCCCUGUGGUGAUGUUUGUGAGUGCUCAAGCAAUCAUGAAGGCAUCGUAGCCAAUUGCAGUCGGCGAAACCUGUCGCAUCUACCGGCUCGACUGCCAGAUGAGAUUCAAUAUCUAGAUCUCUCGGGUAACACGAUAUCAACCUUAUCACCUCCACAAAUGUCACAAGUCGUGGAUCUUCCAAGGAGUUUGUGCGUUUUAGAUUUGUCUGACAAUCCAUUGGAAUGCGAUGACAGUAUUCUUAGGAACAUGGCGGCGUCCAUUACUGUGAAGUCGAGCUGCCGAGAGUUCAGUAUUGAAGGAGGAACAAGGAUAAGACACCGUUCAAAAAGAGAACUGAGAAGUUGUGAGCCAGGAUCAAUAAACUGUGGGAAACACAUCUGUGGGGGCAAUGUUUCCUGGCUGCCAUUUUCGAACUACUGGGGGUGCUGUAAGGGUCAGAUCCAUGAUCUGCGUGAGUCGUAUUGUCCUGAGAAAUCGACAUACCGGCUGUGUAGCCAUCCGAUAGCCACUCAGUUUAAAUGCAGAAAUGGACAUUGUAUACCAACACCAUGGCUGUGCAACAAAGUUAACGAUUGCCAAGACGGAAGUGACGAACUUGGCUGUGAUCUGUGUAACGGAACCAACUACUUCCGCUGUUGGAACGGAAGAUGUGUUCCACAGUCCGCUGUCUGUGACGCGUAUAACGACUGCGGCGACGGCAGUGAUGAAACGUUCUGUCGAACGUUAGCUGGUGGAUGGUGCACAACGAAGCAAUACCGAUGCGCCACAGACGCUUGCAUUCCUGUUGAAGCAGUGUGUGAUGGGAAGGCAGACUGUACCGAUAAGUCAGACGAAAUUGGAUGCGGCAAUAAAACUUGCGACAAUGGAUGGAAACAGUACAUGUCUUAUUGUUAUCAGUACUCUAACCACCAGAGCAGAUGGAUCGAUGCUAGAAAACGUUGCCAGAACAUCGGUGCAGAUCUCGCUAAAAUCACAAGCCGAGAUGUGCAGGAUUUUGUGUUCCGCCUUAGAUUAGAUCAGAAGUCUUUUAACAUCUGGAUUGGUUUACAGCAGCAAGUAGUUGGAAACACAAAAACGUUUGUUUGGACAGAUGGAUCGCAUCUUGGUAGCUUUUAUUUCUGGUCUAGAGAUGAACCCCGGAAAGGCCAGAACAUUUGUGUGGAAAUGCUUCAUAGUGAUACUAAUGGACGAUGGGGGACUGGUGAAUGCACAGCAACCACAUCGAAACACAGCUCCUACGUGUGUCAAAAAGGUAUGUUUAGCUGCCUUUUACCUUUGUGUCACACACCCGAGUGGUCCGCAGUUUGCGGGACAUUGGGAAAUAACUGCAGCAGCGGUCACUUUGAAAAACCAAGGAUGACUUCCUUUCCAAGCGAAGAUAUCAUCUCAGCUCCUUACGGCUCUAAUGUGACAGUGGAGUGUAGAGCGGCUGGUUUUCCAAGGCCUUCCAUCACGCUGGUUAUUAAUGGUGUGAGUAUGUACACAUCUGCUGCUGGACUUGCAGUCAUGGCACCUUAUGAAGCUAUCCUGACAUAUGUUGUCAAAAUGUCGUCUGACGUGGAAUGUCACAUUUCCAAUAGAUUGGGCAGCAGCUUUUCGAGAAUGAGAAUUAAUCUAAAAGAUGAUGACUCGGUAUACCUGAAGGCGGUUUUGAGACUACGUGACAAGACAUUCACGCCUGAUCUCAGUGAUCUUUUAUCUAACCGAUCCAGGUCACUGGCAGCUCUUUUAGAAGGAGAGCUGAUGCGUCUAUAUAAGGGAGUCCCUGACGUCAGAGAUGUGAAUGUUGUUGCCUUCAGGGAAGGAAGUGUUGUAGCAGAUAUUCUCAUCCAUACUGUUCAAGGAAGUUCGUCAGCUGUUAAAGACGUCCUCACAGAAGCUGUAAAAUCAGAACAGUUUAUGAAGAAUGUAGCACUUGACUCAUUUGGGGAUAUAAAAGCCUGUCCGAAGGAAUUUUUCAACGUGUCUUGGGUUGGCACCUUUGAAGGAGAAUACGCCAUACAGGGUUGUCCCAGAGGAGCGGCAGGCGCUGCUAAGCGAAAGUGUUUAGAGAAUGGUGUAUGGGGAUAUCCUGACUACGGAGGAUGCACUAACAAAGAAUUCAAUCUACUGCAAGAAAAGAUGAAUGGCCUGUUCAACUCAUCCCGUCCCUCAAACGAAGAAAUCUCCAUGAUUAUUACUGAACUGUCCUCUCUUACAAGGCCGAAGAAAUAUGAUGCUGUGAUGGCUGGAAAUAUCAAAAUAUCAACUCAAAUAUUACAAAGUGUUGUCGAUUUCAACAAAAAGUUCUCCAAUAGCCGUGAAGUUGUGUCAUCAAACGUGGAGGGAUUUCUUCAGACUGUCAGCAACCUUUUUGAUGAGAACAAUUUAAGAGACUUUACUCAGCUUCAAAAGACUGAUAGCACUGCUACCGACUUAACCAAAAUAACAGAAGACUAUGGACUUCAAGCAGCUGCUGGACUAACGAAGGAAGAUGAUAAGCAUAUUUGGCUGCAAGAUAACAUAGCAAUGGAAGCAAAACUCGUCUCUAACAAUGUCCAAGGUUCUCUGGUGUUUCCCAGCGAUCAAGAUGACACUCUAUUGUCAUCAAUUUGGAUAAAGAGUGGAAAACAGUACAUAAAAUUGCCUAAGGAAUUGUUCAACAGAGAGAGCAGUCCAUCGAGCAAUGGAACAAGAGUGACUAGCAUUCUAUUCAGAACAUUAGCAUCAUUUUUGACACAAGAGAGUGCAUACGAGCAAGUUGGUAGGCAGUUCCAAAUCGAGUCACGCAUCAUUUCAAGCUCAGUAAAGCCGCCUCCCGGUAAACUGGUUAAACCUGUUACUAUUGUUUUUGGCGGUGUUAAGACGGAUAAUGGAUCUGUGGUUUGCGUUUACUGGGAUUAUAAUCUAAAUUCUCGAGGCGGGGGAUGGUCCACAGAUGGGUGUUGGCUUGCAUCACGUAAAAACGAAACUGUAACUUGUGAGUGUGAUCACUUGACGAACUUUGCGAUUUUGAUGGACACAUCUGGGAUAUCCACUGAACACACAGGACACAGGAAAGCCUUGGAAUAUAUCACACUGAUCGGCUGUUCUCUUUCGCUGCUUGGAAUUGUUAUUACACUUAUUCUUCACAUGGUUUUAUGGGGAAUUUUGAAGUCUCCAAAGACAGUGAUUCACGUCAAUUUGUGUCUCGCGCUUCUUACUGCGAAUGUUCUUCUUUUGAUUGGCUCAGUCGCCAUAAAAUACAAGGUUCUUUGUACGGUUAUCUCCAGUUUGCUGCACUUUUUCUUUCUAAGCGCCAUGUUCUGGAUGUUGGCUGAAGGAUUACAGAUUUAUUCCUCUAUUGUAAAAGUGUUUGGUGGUGAAAGGAAACUAAAGUUUUUCUACUUUCUUGGCUGGGGUGUCCCACUCAUAUUUGUAAGUAUAUGUUUAGCAAUCACAAGAAGCAAUGGAUAUGGAGGAGAAAAAACAUGCUGGUUAUCUAUAUCCUCUGGCCUGAUUUGGACAUUUAUUGGUCCCUCUCUUACUAUUGUGUUGGUAGGUUUUUCUAUGUCAGUGUUUUAUACGCCAUCAACAUAUUGUAAGGCUAACAUAACAGAAUACAAAAACCUCUGUCUGUCAAAACUAUGUAGAGUGUGGCCUAAGCCAGAGAUGUUUGUAUGGAGCACAGUAACUACCUCCUCCCCGCUUCUCCCUCCUCCUCUUGGUAUAGUGUGA